AAACAUUUUACAUUUGAAAAAUGAAUGUUUUCCAAGACACGAGUAAAAUGAAUGGGUUUUGGGGAAAAUGUCUUACAGAUUUUAUUUCUGUAAGAUAUUUUCCGGAAAAUCUUCCUCCCCUCUCACCAUUCCUUCUUCAUCCAGGAAUACAGAAAAGAUAACAGGGGGCAAAGGCUACUUAGCCAGAGGGAGAGAAUGUUAAAAAGGCGUCGCAGUGAUAUUCUCAUGUUAAAUUCACCUUUACUUGCUAUUUAUGAGUCACUCAUACCUCCUGUGGAAGAAAAGGCUAAGCAGAAACAGUUGUUAGCAUUACUUGAGAAACUAGUUUGCAAAGAAUGGCCAGAAGCAUGGUUGUAUCUCUAUGGAUCUUGUGAGAACUCUUUUGAGGUGUCAAAGCGUGAGAUUGAUAAUUGCCUUGCGUUUAAUGAGGACAUUCACGACAAGUCUGAAAUCUUGCUAAAGUUGGCAGAUAUUUUGCAGUCAGAUACUCUUCAGAAUGUGCAGGCACUGACUCGUGCCAGGGUCCCCAUAGUAAAGCUUAUGGAUCCAGUGACUGGAAUUUCCUGUGACACGCGUAAACAAUGUCUUGGCUGUAGUAAAUACAAGGCUUCUACUAGAUUAUGCAAAGAUCGAUGUAAGAUUACGGCAGUUGGCUUUUAUUGUGAAACACUGGGCCAAGUCCACAGGAGUGAAUGCAACUUACCAAGGAACUCUAUCUAGCUACGCGUGAGUUGUUUGCAACUAUAAUGCUGUUGCCAUAGCUAGCAACAUCAUUCCUGAGCAGCAUAUUUCAAUGGUGUUUGUGGUUAGUCUAUUUGGUUUGCUUUGAAAUGAAUAAAAACAUAGAUAAAAGUA